CGGGUCAAAUUACACCAUUUGCCGUGUCUUCUUAGUUUGUUUUUCUCUCAGCCAGGGGAAGUUGGAGCGACGCGCGAUAUAUUCGCCUCCUUUUUUCCCCCCUGGAAUUACUGCAUAUGGAUACGCAAUAAUAAAGCAUUCAGAUGAGGUAACAUCUCCACUAGUGAGAAACAGGAAGUGGAUGUGAGCAGCCAUGGGCCACAGAGCUGCACUUCUGCUCGGUGAGCUGCUGCUGCUGCUGCUAACAGCUUCACGCACUCUCCUCGCAGUCAGCUUCCCCGAGGACAUUGCACCCCUGGAUGUCGUUGACGCACACUUUUCACUGAGGUACCCCGUGUUCAGAGGCAGGCCCUCUGGUAACGAGUCGCAGCACCGCCUUGACUUUCAGCUGAUGACCAAGAUACAAGACACGCUCUUCAUCGCUGGCAGAGAUCAGGUGUACCUUGUAAGUUUGAGAGAAUCCUACAGGAAUGAGAUCAUCCCUUACCGGAAGCUGACAUGGCGGUCGGGCCAGGCAGACAAAGAGAUGUGUGCCGUCAAGGGAAAACACAGAGAUGAGUGCCAUAACUUCAUCAAAGUGCUGGUUCCCAGAAAUGACGAUCUGGUCUUCAUCUGUGGCACCAAUGGCUUUAACCCCAUGUGCAGAUACUACAGGCUGGAUAACCUGGAGUUGGAUGGUGAAGAGAUCAAUGGGCUGGCACGGUGCCCAUUUGACUCCAAGCAAACCAACGUUGCCCUUUUUGCAGAGGGGAAACUGUAUUCCGCCACGGUGGCUGACUUUCAGGCCAGCGAUUCUGUCAUUUACCGAAGUAUGGGCGAUGGAUCCGCCUUGAGGACCAUCAAAUAUGACUCCAAGUGGCUUAAAGAACCUCAUUUCCUGCACGCAGCCGAGUAUGGGAAUUAUGUGUACUUUUUCUACCGAGAGAUUGCAGUGGAGCACAGCAAUCUGGGCAAGGUGGUCUACUCUCGCGUCGCCCGGAUCUGCAAAAACGACAUUGGCGGGUCGCAACGCGUUCUCGAGAAACAUUGGACAUCUUUUGUUAAGGCGAGACUGAACUGCUCCGUGCCGGGGGAUUCCUUCUUCUACUUUGACGUGCUUCAGUCCAUUACUGACAUCAUCAACAUCAACGGCGUCCCGUCUGUGGUGGGCGUGUUCACCACUCAGAUGAACAGUAUUCCAGGGUCAGCCGUGUGUGCUUUUUCCAUGGCCGACAUCGAGAAAGUCUUCCGUGGUCGAUUUAAAGAGCAAAAGACCGCCGACUCCAUAUGGACGCCGUUCCCAGAGGAGAAACUUCCUAAACCUCGACCCGGGUGCUGCGCAGGUUACGGUCCAGCUGCAUCCUUUAAGAGCUCCAUCGAGUUCCCGGAUGAAACCCUACAGUUCAUCAAGUCACACCCUCUAAUGGACACGGCUGUGCCUUCGAUGGAGGACGAGCCCUGGUACACCAAGACGCGUGUCAGGUACAGGCUAACUGCGCUGGCAGUGGACAACGAAGCGGGCCCGCACAAGAACUACACAGUGGUUUUCAUCGGUUCAGAGUCAGGAGUCGUGCUCAAGGUUUUGGCCAAGACUUCGUCCAUGUCCCUGAAUGACAGUCUGCUUCUGGAGGAGAUAGACGUCUUUAACAAGGCCAAGUGCUUGUCUUAUCACGACGAUGAUAAGCGUGUCCUAUCACUGCACGUGGACAAAGACGCACAUAGCCUGUACGUCGCCUUUUCAAGUUGCGUCAUUCGAAUUCCGCUGAGUCGCUGCGAAAGGCAUUCUUCCUGCCACAAGUCUUGCAUUGCAUUACGUGAUCCCUAUUGUGGAUGGAGGCCUCAAGGAGCCUGCGAGAGGAUACAGCCCGGUCUUUUGACGGGCUAUGAGCAGGAUAUUGAAUUAGGAAACACUAGCCACUUGGGAGACUGUCAGGCAUUUUUGGGCACUACAUCAGCGCCAGAUUACAAAUCAUUUGGCGACCCCACCUCUGACGUGGAGUUUUCAUCAGCACCAGUCACUGUCCCGCCCAGUGGGCCCAUACCUCCCCCAGUACUCAUUCCCACUCAGAGCCCCAGUUCUGGGCCCGUUCCAGAGCUCUACGGCUCGGGCUUUGUGCUGCAGGAUGACCCGGCCACCUCUCAUUCUUUAGACUCUCUCCCAGGGGGGCAAGAGGGUGUGUGGGAUAUCCAAGCAAGUGAAACCAGCCAGAUGGUCCACAUGAACAUCCUGAUCACCUGCGUGUUUGGUGCUUUUCUCAUGGGCGCUCUACUAGCUGGCCUGAUUGUCUUUUGCAAUCGGGAAUCAUUCAUGCGAAAACAACGGCGUGUCCACAAGGAUGCGGAAUCGGCUCCAUCCUGCUCGGACUCCCCUGGAAGUUUUGUCAAGCUCAAUGGCCUCUUCGACAGUCCUGUAAAGGAGUACCAGACCAAUGUGGAUUCCCCUAAGCUGUACACCAACUUGCUGAGUAAAGACCUGAAAACGCCCAACGGCGACACCAAGACCAUGAUCCUGCGGGACGGUUGUCCGCCUCCUGAAUUGGCCGCUCUGCCAACACCCGAGUCUACCCCUGUUCUUCAGCAGAAAGGCUUGCAGCCCAUUAAAAACCAGUGGGAGAGGGAUCACAAGAAGAUCAGCGGCCACCGUAAAGAAUCCAACUCGACGGCCAAGAGUCCCCAAUUUCUCCUUCCUUCACCCGGUCCCCCCAAAUCCAACCCCCACCACCCCCACCUGGCCCUGGGACAUUCUCACAUCCCGAGUGCAGUCGUCCUGCCCAAUGCCACACAUGACCACCAGUACCUUGACAAUGGAGAUGACACUCUGCCACAUCCUUCUGAUAAGAAGCUGAAGAAUCCGGAAACGAAAGGAAGUAGGAAAGACCAGAAGCGGUCAGUGGACGCGAGAAAUACACUAAACGACCUUCUAAAACAUCUCAAUGACUCCGUGGCCAACCCUAAGGCCAUUCUUCACGAGGGAUCGGGGCCACGCUCUCGACAACACCUCACACUGGAACCCAUGGAGGAACUAACGGAACUACCUCCUAGGGUGCCAAGUCGCGAGGCCUCUUUGUACUCUCCUUCCUCCUCCCUGCCCAGGCACAGCCCCACCAAGAGGGUGGAUGUCCCUUUGUGCACCAGUCCCACCACACCAACGGGCAGCCUCAGCAUGGGUGGAACCUUGGAGAGGCCAAGAGGGGGCUAUCAGCUCCAACGGAGUGCUUCUCACAGGCACUCCCUGUCCACCUCAACCAAUGGGGUGACUAUGGGGGUAUCUGUGUCUCGCCAGCACAGUAUGAACAGAGGGGCAUACAUGCCUCCAACGCCCCCCUCCAGACUAGAUUCCCAUGUUGGAAUGAUGGGGGCUGGAAUGCACUCGCCCAACCCUCCCUCUUUAUCCCGGCAAAGCAGCUACAGUGGGCAUGGCUCACUUCCUCGUACAGGACUUAAAAGGACCCCAUCGCUAAAGCCAGAUGUGCCCCCGAAACCUAAUGGCUUUGCGCCACAGACUCCACAGAUGCGAGUGGUCAAUAAGUACAGCUAUUAGAAGACCACCAAUGCUUGGGCGUGAGCUCUUUGCCUUGACAGUUAUAGCUUUGAGCCCGGACGGCUCGGCUAUGGAUUGGGUUGACCCCAGUGUGCGUCUGUGUAUCAACCUGAGGUGUGUUCCCCUUUAAGUGAUAUGCACAUUUACUCACGCUUCAGUUAAAAGGGAAAAAUCACACGUACGGCCAAAGAUACUCCUCCGAUGUUUUUCAUGAUCUUGAUUUCCAUCCUGCAUGUCAUACGGUGGACAUCUGUGCUUUGGUGUCACCCGUUUUCUAAUGUAGGUACACGGACUGGGACACCGGUGACCACAGUGUCUGUCAGUCUGUGAGGUACCAGGUUGGAAAGAGUGGAAUACUUGAAGAAUGGAUCUCAUUUUUCACUGCCUUUGAGCACUGUCUUCCCACUAAUGUGAACUGAUCUGAGAGGUAGGCCAUGCUUUUGUGUGGAAGGUUGCGUAAGGCAGCGGAGACGGAGUAAACCCAAUACUGUAAUUGUUGGGUUCAAAUAUAAUGACAGAGACAGCAGGCAAACAAAACAGUGUAAAUGAUGACGUAUGUUUUGGCCGUGUGUGUUUGCAUCUGUUUUGGUUGAUGGGCAGUGGCUGACCAGGUGUUAAGCCUUCACACGUCAAGAGCAGGUGCCAUGCAGACGACGCACCUUAAAAUCCAUCUAAAUUCUCAGACCUAAGUCACUGUCUCGCUGAAAUGUGUUGGAAAUCGCUAUGGUCUCGUAUGACCUGAUUUUAAACUAAGCCUGAACCAUUGUGUCAUUUUUACAGAGGUGAUGGGGUUGAGCUAUUUUUAAAAUGGUCACACUGGGUUAUAUUCUGGGACUAGGACUCUUAUCCUCCUCAAUACAUUUGCUGCUACUGGUUUUAGGCAUAGCUGUGUGAGUUUGAUGCAUACAUAUAGUAGUGUGGGAUGACCCUCAUAUGGGUAUGCACAUCUUUUGUUUUCAUGCAAAGAGUAGCCAAUAGGUACCAUUUCAAAAACCAAACACACUGUAAAGACUGAUCAUUUUCUUGAUUUCUAACCUCUACUCGUAAUCUUUUUCUUUAUGUAGCAGGAACACAUAUUUAUCAUCCAACUGAAUUAAUAACACCAGUGAGCCCCGUCGUGUAUGAAUUGGACAAUUUCUCCAAGACUAAAACUAAACAUUUUCUUAUCCGACAACCAUGACAUUGGUUACUUGGAAUAAUACAGGUAUGGUUUGCUCAUUUGACCUUCAGUGUUGGUUCUAAUGCCCGUGUUAUUAGUACAACUUCCCUGCGAGUGGCCAGUGUACAAUCAACACAACAUGUCCAGAUAAGUCAUGCUGGGAAUGACAAGUUUGUGUAUAUACUUAAAUACUAUAAAUAAGGAGUAAGCAUAUUUUUAGGCAAGUGAACAUGAAUCUGUGCAUUGUGUGCCUUAUUCUCAAAAUUAUCCAUUACAGUACAGUACAUUAUUGGCAAUGUCAAUGAUUCUUAAUACGUUUUUGUCAUUUACCAUAUGAAUUGUUUUAUAGGCCAAAAAGUGUUUCAAAUUAACAACCUAAUCAUAAGUGACAGACAUUCCACUUGUGACUGGGUCAUACAUACGCAAAGGUUUUAAAAAGGAUGGGCAUUGCUGGCGUUGACUAUGUAUUAAUCUGCCACACAGCGAAUGUAUUUUUGACUGCGGGAUGUAGGCUGUUUAGACCUUGCACUGUGGACCAGUCGGUUCAAUUCAGCUCUCCCCGCCCAUGGCCAUUCACGCCGUCACCGUUAGAAUUGGUUGUGGUUAUGCAGACGAUCAAAUUUAAUUCAGAUUUUAUCGGCCAGCAGGGAUAACUUGAGGAAUGAUUUCACUUCACAAUCGACAUGGGUGACACCUAACUUAAGUUAUCAGCUGCCUGUUUAGCCCAAAGCCACAUUUUGUUUACAAGGAAAGAUUGUAUGUAAAGAUUUACUUCCUGCCUGUCAUCUAAGCAGUAUUUGGGCUCUUCUUUUUUGUGUGUGUGCGUGUGCGCGUGUGUGUGUGUGACACUUGCGACAUACAUGAAACAUACAUUCAACAUCCACUGCUUAACUGCCUUGUACAUUGCAAUAUGAAUUCCUUCUUCAGUUGCAAUCUAAAUUGAAGCCUUUAAAAUUCAGUCGAAGCUCUUUUUAUGUGCAGAACUGUCUUGGUCAUGUCAUUUAGAUUUAAAUGCUGUGCAACAUGGCCAUGCAAAGCCAGGUGUAUAUAUUGGUUCUCCAGAGUAUUUGAGCGUGUAGAUAAUGUUUUAAAGAUGUACUGUGAAAGUGUAAAUAGUAAUGGUCUUUGUUUCAUAUUUUUUGUUGAUGUUUUUUUUUAACACGGCAUGUAUAGUUGAAAUAAAACAUUACUGCACAGAAA